UCGAAUUUUUCCAAGCGAGCGUACACGCGGCGGAUGAUUGUUGCGGAGCGACAGAACCAACUCACACACACCUCCAGCGGAACGCCACGGCAAGAAGAAAACUCCAAAGCUGGGAAAACUUCCGAAAUCAGUUCGAAAACGUGAAGGAGUAUGGACAUGUUCUAGAGCGGCGGACCGUUAGACCGUUAUUCAGCAGAUUCGCGCGUGCAAAUUCCCUCCUUCGGGUUCUCCUCCUCCUCCUCCCUCCGCGGUUCGUCUAGCGUGUGCGGGGAACUUGUUUUGGGGGCGGGGCGCGCGGGUCAAUCGCGGGCCGUCAAUCGUCAAUCGGCGUACGUGUGUGUGCAGAAUUAAUGAAUAUACUCGCGCCGCUUCAUCAAUGAAAAGAAACUAUUCGCCGCCAAAGUAGUAGUUCCGAAGAUAGCCUAGCCCGUGCUUUCCGAGUCCACAAAUUGUGUGUUUUUAACUCAACAUUUUUGUUUGACAACAAACAGUGCGUGCUUUUAGUUCCCAAAGUUGGCGAUUCAGUCAGGAUACCACAACCUGUUGCAUAAAUAAGGAUUAUACCAGAGGAGCCGGGCCAGCGAGUGAUUGGAUACACAUGUGUUCGCGGGUCCUGAGCCACGAUCAACAAUAUGUUUGACAACAGUUUCCGGCCUUGAAUUGAAUUAAAUAUAAUAAAUUAAGCUGGGCCAAAAACAUACAGUUUGAAUUGUUAAUGAGCAGCAGCAGCGGCAACAACAACAACAACAACAACAAGUGUUAAAUGCAACCCCCUUCGACGUCGCUGCCGGCGUCGCUGAUUCAACAGUGCUGAAAAGUCAAUUAAAGGCGAAUGCCGGAGUCUGGACCUGAAAGCCAUUGGCGAACUUGGCCAGAACGUAGUUAACCGAAAAAGGAGAGCAGAAACUCGAAACUAGCAAGCAAAGAGAGAACAUAAAGGAGGCCAGAAGCAGCGGCCAAUUACCAUGUCGCUGGCCCAUCAUCUCGGCCUCUUCCUGGGCCUGUGCCUCGUCCUCCUGGCCAGGCUGCAGAUGGCCCGCGGACUGGCCAACUGCCCGACUGGCUGCGAGUGCGACGAUGACACCCUGAUGGUGAACUGCGGCGAGGGCACCCUGGACGUCCUGCCCAUCGCCCUGAACCCCGCCAUUCAGCGACUGGUGAUUAAGAACAACAAGCUGAAGACCAUAGACUCCUCGAUGCAGUUCUACGCGCAGCUCACCUUUUUGGACCUGUCCUUCAACGACAUGGUCUCCAUCCCCGAGCGCUCCUUCGCCUACCACGCUAAGCUGCAGGAGCUGCAUCUGGACCACAACAAGAUUGGCCAGGUGUCGAACCGCACCUUCCAGGGCCUCUCCACCAUCAGCGUGCUCAAUCUGCGGGGCAACCUCAUCGCCGAGCUAGAGUACCGCACCUUCUCGCCAAUGGGAAAGCUGGCGGAGCUGAAUCUCGGCCAGAAUCGCAUCAGCCACAUCGAUCCUCACGCCCUUGAUGGGCUGGUCAACCUGCGGGUUCUCUAUCUGGACGACAACACCCUGACCACGGUGCCGGACGAGCUGACCUUCCAGGCGCUGCCCUCGCUGGCAGAGCUCUACCUGGGCACCAACUCCUUCAUGACCAUUCCGAGCGGAGCCUUCCAGGACCUCAAGGGGCUGACCCUCCUGGAUCUGCGCGGAGCUGGGCUGCACAACAUCUCAGAGGAUGCACUCAAGGGUCUGGAGGCCCUGCGCUCCAUGGAUCUGUCGGAUAACCGCCUCGUGACGAUACCAACGGCCGCCUUCCAGAAACUGGGACGCCUAGAGGAGCUGAACAUUGGACAGAACGACUUUGAGAUGAUCUCCUCGGGCGCCUUUGCCGGCUUGCGGGAGCUGCGUCACUUGGAGCUGACCGGGGCCCAGCGAUUAAGGCGCGUGGAGAGCGGCGCUUUCACCGGAAACAGCAACCUGGAGCACCUGAACCUGUCCAGCAAUAAGCAGCUGAGCGAGCUGCCCGCCACCGCCUUGGGUGGACUGCCCCACCUCAGCACGGUGGUGCUGAAGGCCAACCAGCUGAGCACCCUGGACGAGGGCCUGGUGCCCUGGGCCGACCUCCAGACGCUGGACCUCUCGGAGAACCCCUUUGUCUGUGACUGCCGGCUGCUGUGGCUGCGCCACCUUCUGCUCAGCCGGAACUCGAGUGGCCAGUACGCCCCGGUGAUGUGCGCUUAUCCCUCUGCCCUGCGGGAUCUGCCCCUGGCCCAGCUGGCGGAGCCUCUGCUGGGCUGUGCCCACGGAGCGGCCAGUAAGCAGGCGAUUAUCGGCAUCCUGGUGGUGGUUUGCGCCGCCCUGAUCACCACCCUGGCCCUGCUGCUCUACACCUGCCGUCGCCGCAUCCGGGAGCUGCUGAAGGGACACUCGGCGCUGGGCAGGAAGGAGCGCGAGUACCAGAAGACCUUCUCCGAUGAGGAGUACAUGGCCAGACCGCCGCCCGGCUGUGGAGGAGUGCACCCGGCUGCCGGAGGCUAUCCCUACAUGGCGGGGCACGGCGGCAGCGGAAGGCCGAUUCCGGUCACCGAGCUAUAGCUAGAAGCACCACCCCCGCCUCAGCUGCGGGGCCGGGGUGGCGCUAGCACCGCCAGCGGGGCGGUGCAGCAGCUGCAGGUGCCCAGCGCCGUUGACCAGGCCUCCAACUCCUUCGCCCAGCUCAGCCACAUCCACUACAUGACCAACAACGGCGGCCAAUCCUCAAAGUUGCAUCACUCGCAGCAGGACAUGCGCCUGCUGGCCUGCAAUGGCGGCAAGUCCUUCAAUGCCACCUCACUGCCGCGACACCGCCCGCCACCGGCGCAGGUGCAAGUCCAGGUCCAGGAGAGCACUCUGUCCCACUACAGCCAGCCGCUGGCCAACGGGAUCCGGCUGACCCAGGACCACUUCAACCACAACCAGCACCCGACUGCUCCGAACCAGAGCCACCACUACGGAGGCGUCUAUGCCAAGCCCUGCGACGCGAUGGCCGAGCCGGGCUACAUCCACAACAACUCGCACUACUCCCUGCCGCUGGACCACGAUCUGCCCCCCAGUCCCACACCCACACCGCCGCCGCCGGCCCUGCCGCUGAGGAACGGCGUGGGCAUGGCCCUCAUCCAUGGCAACACCACCGGACGCAGAUCCUUCAACAACAACAACAACGUGGCCACCUUGUCGAACAACAACCACCAUGGCGGAGUGACAGUGGGAGUGGGUCUGGGCGUGGGCAACAACAACGGCAGCCUGCGGCGCUACCACUGAUAUCCGGCCAAGACGUGCGGCACCUUGGGCCGCACCAUCAUCAAGACCAGGCCGGAUCCGGACAUCGAGCUGCAUUACUUCUACAAGGGCUGAGGUGGUGGAAAUUCCAGGAGGAUCGCCUCUAAUCUUAUUUAAUCAGGGCUAUACAUUAAUCACGAAACAGUGGGUCAAGAGUGCAUCUCUGCCGCGGGUUCCAGACAAAGUCCUGAAUAUUCUUCUUCUAGUUGUGUACUCCUGCGUUACGUGUAUUCAGGCGAGAGCAUUCUGUAUAAAUUAGGCUUUAGUUCGAGAGGUUGUAGAGGGUGGGCAAGGAGUCUGCGCUGAGGUGUAUAUAUUUAAGUGGAGGACUUGCGCACAAUUUUGGCAGGCACUGUGAGUAGUCACUCCUCGGCCGCCACUAUUCAUUUGCAUCCAGUGAUCUUACUAUUAAGUUCUGCUUAAAAUUAAAAUCCUUCAAUUUAUGUACAUAAUUAGAAGCUUUUUUUAAAAAUGCGACAAGAAAAAUCAAGACAAUUUCAAUGGAAAAACAAAAACAACAAAAAAAUUAAAUUAAAAUCAAGUAACAAGGUAAUUUACUUUAUAAAAUAACAAAUUAGCCACGCGCUUAAGCACCAGUCAUUAAAACUAUGUAUGUAUUUAGCCUAAAACUAUCGACAAACCUAUAUUCCAAAAAUAAAUACAAAAACAAGCAAAAUGAAAAUAAAUUAUAUACGCAAAACCUAAAAUAGAACACGGCCGAUUUUUAUAGUUAAUAGACUCAGUAAAGAAUAAACUACUCAUCGGAAUAAUAAACAAGCAAGUUGUUUACACAGUGUAAAAGGAAAAUAGCAAAAACUAUGGAAAACUCCGCAAUAUUCAUGCGGCAUCCCAGCCGCAUUCACAAAUAUGAAUAAGCAAUUUAUGCAGCAGAAAUAAACAAAUGCAAAAUACAAAGUAAAUCUAUAUAUACGAAUUAUACGUGUAAAUAAAAGAAAAUAACUAUGCUCGAAAACAAAA